AUGGGGUACGAGUCUGCGAAUACUAUUGGAAGUGGAGUGAUCAACCUGGCCUGCGCCAACCCCCCCCCCAGCGUGGUGUACGGCCUCACCGCCGUCCUGCUGGUCGUGGGGGUGGACGCCAUCCUCAUCUGCCUCUCCUACAUCCUGAUCCUCAAGGCUGUCUCGCAGCUGGCAUCGUGGAAGGAGAGGCUUAAGGUGUUCAGCACUUGCGUUGGCCAUAUCUGCGUGGUCCUGGCCUUCUACGUGCCCCUGGUUGGGCUGUCUGUGGUGCACAGGUUGGGGAACAUCUACAUCCUGGUGCCCGCUGUGCUCAACCCCAUCAUCUGCGGGGCUCCUGCAGUGACCACCAUGCCCCACUCACGUCCCACCAACACCUCGCUGUCAGAGCUGCACCUGAUGGGCAUCCAGGGGCUGCAGCACCUGCACCACUGGAUCUCCAUCCCCUUCUGCAUCAUGUACCUCAUCGCACUGGCUGGGAACAGCACCCUCCUGUGCAUGAUAAAGGCUGAUCCCAGCCUGCACCUGCCCAUGUUCCUCUUCCCAUCUGUGCUGGCUGUCACUGAGCUGGGAGUCAGCUACUCUGUCAGCUCCAUGCUCCAGCUCUUCUCUGACAGCAACAGGGUCUCAGACCCUCAGGGUGUCAUUCCACUGCCCCCUCCUUGGAUCAGCUCCUCCUCUUUCAUCCUUGCGGGUGUCCCCAGCCUGGAAGCUUUCCCCAUCUGCCUGGGCAUCCUUUUCUGCUGCUAUAUCAUCACCUUGAUAGGAAAUGGUGUGGUUUUGUUUGUCAUUGGGCGGGACAACUCCCCGCGAGACCCCAUCCAUUGUUUCCUGGGCAUGCUGGCGGUCAUUGAUGUGGUGAUGGUGACAUCCAUCAUCCCCAAGAUGCUGAGUGUGUUCUGGCUGAACUCUACAGAGAUUGGUUACAUAGCCUGUUUUGUUCAGAUGUUCCUUGUUCACUCCACAACAGCAGAGGAGUCGGGAGUGCUCCUGGCCAUGGCUGUUGACCACUACGUUGCAAUUUGUCACCCCCUCAGGUACCAAGCCAUCUUGAAUCGCCAAACAAUCACCCAAAUAGGCCUGGCCAUUGUGGUGAGAGCUCUCCUUUUCAUGGUCCCCUUGACAGGGAUGGUGACAAACCUCCCCUAUUGCCAUUCCCUUGUAGUUCCCCAUUCGUACUGCAAGCACAUGGCCGUGGCGAAGCUGGCGUGCGCAGACCCCAGACCCAGCGGGCUUUGCAGUGUGGCUGGGUCCUCUCCUAUAGUAGGGAUGGACGUGGCUUUCAUUGCUGUGUCCUAUGGGAUGAGCCUUAAAACUGUCCUGGGGGAGAAAUCGUGCUGGAAGGCCUUCAGCACCUGUGGGUGUCACAUCUGCGUGAUGCUGCUGUAUUACACCCCUGGGAUAGUCUCCAUGUAUGAACAGCAGUUCGGCAGCGGCAUAUCCGAGCGUGCACAGGUUCUGCUGGCUGAUCUCUACCUGACCCUCCCCCCCACGCUGAACCCCAUCGUUUACAGCAUGAGGACCAAGCAGAUCCAUCAGGCGGUGCUCAAAAUCCUAUUUUCCGGGAAG